CAACCACCAUGAAGACCAUCAGCACGGUGUAUCGCCCGAAUGCCUUCAACAAUUUGCACAUGCUCAAAUGCAAGCUGGAGCUGAGUCCAGAUCUCAACGCAAGUGAGUGGCUGGACUCGAUUGGAAAAGGGGCAUUGAAACAGCUCUAUGGGUUCAGCAAAGCUGAGGCUGAUGCCACCAUCACAAUUUUCCGUCACCUCACACCCCCUGUGGUGGAUCUGCUGUCAAAAGCAGCAGCGCGUUACGGAAUGACACGAGGGCCUUUUUCCCAUCAGUCUUUGAGUGCACCGGCUCUUCGGUUGAACUAUGAGCCUGACACCAACGACGGCAUGGUGAAAGAGUGGGACAUGCGCAAUCGAGAGUCAACAUUGAUGUUGAUGGUCCAGAGGCUCAUCCAUGACUGGGAGGAAACACCCAGCCAGGUGCGCAAGAGCGCAUCAGUUGAUAGCAUUGCAGAGCUUCAGAAGAUUUGCAGAGCUUUUGAAAUCAUCAGUGCUCAAUUCCAGUCUAUGUUGCCCUCUGCCAUUGUUGAGGACUCAAUGAAGACCAUCAAUGAGUCAUUCCAUCGGUGGGCCUAUGAUGAUACUUUGGCACUUUUGGCGGAGACACGUCCUGUCCCUCUGGAUCCUACUAGCAUCGGGGAGAUGGCCUUGAUAUUGGAACGGCAUCAACAGGAGAUGGCCAACGCACAGCUGAAGCGGCGAAAAGAGCUCAAGGCUCAGCUCGAUGUGGCCACCUACGAUUCACUGAACAAUGAUCUGGCAACCGAUGCUAGCAAGCUCAUGAACUACUACAAAGAAUUCAAUGCAGUGAAAGAUUCUUGGGCUCAGCGGGUUCUGAACCACAAACGGCUCAGACACCAGAAGGGUCUGAAGUUCAUCAAGGAGUUGAUGGAUGGGCAGUUGCUGUUGUGUGUGCUGGAUUUUGGGCAAACCCCUUCUGCGGACGUCAUGGAGACGAUGAUCAAAACAGCGAGCCUUUUUUGCCAUCAGUCAGAGGAUCAUGCGGCUUUGGUGGUGUACCCUGCUCUGAUAGCCAGCCAGGCCACCCACGCACAUUUGAAGGCAUGCCGGCAACUGGAGGACAGCCUUCUGAAGUAUGCUUUGGACCCAAGGCAAGACAUCAGUGUGCACUUCAGCAUGAGUGAGAGACAUGCCAGUGAUACCCGACCGCUGUACAGCAAAAUGAAGCUGUGCUACUCAACAAAGAUGUCGGCCAAGAACACAUGGCUCACCAGUACCUGUUGCCAAGAAAAUGGCGGGUGCAUCAACGAUGUCCCGAUGUGUCGGCCAAAGGAUUUGAGGACAAAGUACCGCUCUGAGCUUGGGCCAGUGGAAGCAAAACUCAGCCCUUUGGAACGUGCAACACAACGUGGUCCAGAGGCUUGCAAGACCAUCUUGCAAUGCCUGAUGGGAGGCUUGAACAUGGAUGUGAGCUGCAAGCUUGUGGUCAUUGACCUGUACUGUCGAGAAGGUGAUUGGUUGGAUGGGUGCCUGGAACUUCAGCAUCUGUGGAGGACUGAGGCCUCUCCAGAGAACCCAAUGGUUGCUUAUUUGACGAUGUUCAAGAAGGAGCAGAAAUCAGAGCGAUGCGAGGAAGCAGAGACAUUGAUUGCUGAAGUGACGAGCAAGCUGAUGUCCACAGUUUGGGAGAAUCACCAUGCGGCAGGCCAGAAAGAGCCCGAGAGCACAGCAGAGGACAUUGUUAGCAAGCCUGAGCUGACCCUUUUCACAUGGAAAGGCCUGAAGGCAGAGCUACCCCAGAUGGUCAAGGACCAGUUCAAAGAUAGCAGCGCAGAGAUGCGAAUCAAAUGGAACACCACGUUCAAGGAAGUUUUGGACAAGAUUCAGAAUAGCUCAUCCGGGACGUUUCUUGCGGAGCGGACGGAAGCUGCUGCUCCAGGGGAUGAGGAGAAAAUUCUGACUACGCCAGAUUUCUCAGUGCCACCUGCACCCCAUAAUGUGCAACAAGUCCUGGGCUUGGAGACCGUAGAUGCGUCAGAUUUUGUGCACACCCACACGCUGUACACUGCCAGAGCGACCAAGACUUUGCCUGAGUUGAUACUCCAGCGGGAUUUCACAUUGUGGAUGCGGGUGGACCCACAGGUUCAUGGAGAGUCCUUGGAGUUUAAGCCUACAGCCAUAUUUGGGUUCAACACUGGCCCUUUUGCAUCAGCAGAUCGAUCUACGCUGGAUCGCAAACAGUCUUUGGUUUGGGAGGUGAACUCGGAUGUGACUUUGGUCGCCUGGGGUGAAGAAAAGGCGCUGGUUCCUCUAUGCCAAACAGUGCAUGACACAUUGACUGGAGAAAACAUCCCGGAUGUUGGCAUCCAGUUCCAUGAGGUCUCGCCGGCGGUCACCAUGAAGGAGGGAGUGGAGAAGCAGCCUUAUUGCCGCAUGAAUAUCAGCACUGGUGAGGAAACAUUAAUCUUCACACCGGAUCCCCUUCAAGGAGAAGAAGCUUCCUCUACAGUUGUGAAGCGUGCUGCAUUUGGAGCAACCCUUGUGACCCGGCUGGACCAGUUGAAUUCAGACAACUUCAAAGUUGUGUGGGAUUGUGUCUUGGUCAAGAACAGUAAAGCUCCUUACAUUCGCCCUGUUCGUCCCCGUCUGUGGUCCCUUGGGAAGAUUCAGAUGGAAUCCGGUAAGAUGUACAAGAUCGCAUAGACUGGAUGCUCUUUGCCUUCCAGACCAAGUUGAUUUGCUCAGCCAGUGCUAGAGUGAGCGCGCCUGAUGUAGGUGCUGCAGGCCGCUGAGAAACUCAGGGGCACUGAUCCUGGCGGAUAGGUGUUUGAAUGCUCAGGUUGCCCGGUAUUUCGUG